UACUCGUUCACAUUCGACGCGGCCUUCUCGCCGUCGGAGGGGCAGGCGGCCGUGUACGAUGCGGUGGCGCGGCCCGCCGUCUCCUCCACCCUCGCCGGCUUCAACGCGUCCAUCAUUGCCUACGGCCACACGGGUGCCGGCAAGACACAUACCAUGGAGGGGGCGCCCGAUGGAGCGCAGCGCGGCAUCAUCCCCCGCGCCGUCGCGGACAUCUUUGAACACGUC